CUAGUUAAUGGAUGAACCAAACUAAACUCAUCAAAAUCCAAAAUAGGAUUAUGUUCAGUACCAAAGAACACCUCCUGAAAAAAACUGGACCUGAUGGAGUAGGACGUUAUGAAUUCUUGAAAGAAUUAAUUACCGAAUACACUACUACUAGGUCUUUGGAGGCUAAAAAGCAAACCUUAGCGAAUCUUGCCAAUUUUGCUUAUGAUCCCAUUAAUUACGAAUAUUUUAAACAGUUGCAUGUAGUGGAUCUAUUCUUAGCCCAGUUAUCAGAAAGCGAUGAGGAUCUGCUCCAUUUUGGAUUAGCUGGUAUCUGUAAUAUAAGUCCAGACCCAGAAUUUCGUGACUAUAUCAUUUCUCUGAAUGGCAUUUGCUUAAUAUCAAAUUUACUCAAUCAUCAGAAGGAGGAGAUUGUAUUAGAUGCCAUAACUUCAUUAUAUUUUUUAACUGAAGAAUUGAAUUGGAAAGAAUUGAUCAACCAAACAAUCAUCAAUGAAAUAAAACAAUAUCAAGAGCAUGAUGAUAGCAGAUUACGAAACAUAAGUAACGUCUGCUUAAAAAAAUGGCUUGCAAUUUGAAAAAUUUUCAUACAAAAUUAAGGUGCCAUUUCUUCUGCAGAUAUUUUUCGAAAGUUGACAUUCUUCAGGUAGGUGAUACGAUAACUAAAACAAGAAAAAUAACAAAAAAUGACAUUGAACAAUUCUCCAAAAUAUCGGGUGAUCAUAAUGUUAUUCAUUCAACACACAAUAAUAAACCUGUUGUGCAUGGCGCCUUUCUUAAUGCAUUAGUGUCAGGUAUUAUUGGCACUGAACUUCCAGGAGAUGGAACGCUAGUUGUGAAACAAACUUUGAACUUUCCAAAUAAGUGCUAUUGUGAUGAAAUUGUCACCACCACUGUUGAAGUUGUGAAAUUGAGGAAGAUUAUAGAAGUGAUGUUCAAGUGUGUUGUUAUGGAUGCAGAUAAGGUUGUAUUAUAUGGGGAUGCUAGACUUAUUUUGAAUAAAUGAUAUUUUUUUUCACAUA